AAAAAUUGUUGAGGAAUACACUUCAUAUAAAAAAAUCGCACUAUGUUCAGAAGAUUGAACAAUGUUUCAUUAUUCAAAUAUCAAAUAUGGAAUAUUUUAACAAUUCGUACAAAUACAAAGUGCUAUUUUGCACGUCCAAAUGAAAAAAAAAGAAGUCAUCAGGGAUAUUUUGCACGUUUGAUAACACUAAAUGGCCGUAAAGUUCUUAUGAGACGAAUUCUUAAAGGUCGUCAUGUGUUAGCUCAUUAAACUAUUUUGUAAUUCAUUAUAAAUAAUAUAAUACCAAUAAUUUAUUAAUAAAAAUAAAAAUAUGAAA